UAUAUACAUAUGUGCUCAGUUUUCUUGUGACUUUGCUCUUAUAAAAGCCCCAUACGUUUUGUUUUCUCUCUAUCUGUACUGUCUGAUCUCACGCCACAAAUGGCGCCAGCUUCUUUUCAGCAGACGUCAAACAGUACAGUUUGCGUUAUGAACGCCUCAGGGCGGCUGGGCUCUACCCUGGUCCAGCGCCUUCUCCAGAGAGGCUAUACUAUCCACGCUACGGUUCAACACCAUGAUGAAUCGCAGUUGAAUAGGCUUUGUUGUGAUAACACGAAGCUGAAGAUUUUCCGUUCAGAUCCUUUCGACUAUCAGAGCAUAAUCGAUGCUUUGAAAGGCUGCUCUGGCUUGUUCUACGCGUUUGAGCCACCACAAGACCAACCUGCGUAUGAUGAAUAUAUGGUGGAAGUGGAGGUAAGGGCAGCACACAAUGUGCUAGAAGCUUGUGCACAAACGGAAUCGAUUGAGAAAGUGGUUUUCACAUCCUCCGCGACCGCCGUCGUUUGGAGAGACGAUCGUAAAUCCAUGGCAUCUGAUCUAGAAGAGAGACACUGGAGUGACGUCAAUUUGUGUCGUAAAUUCAAGUUGUGGCACGGACUGUCAAAAACGGUGGCGGAGAAGACAGCGUGGGCCUUGGCAAUGGACAGAGGAGUGAAUAUGGUAUCCCUCAAUACUGGGUUGUUGAUGGGCGGUCCUGAUUUGUCCAUUACUCACCCGUAUUUGAAAGGUACGGCUGAGAUGUACGAAGACGGGGUGUUUGUGACCGUUGAUCUUGAUUUUUUGGUGGAUGCCCACAUUUGUGUCUUCGAAAACAUCUCGUCCCACGGUCGUUAUUUAUGCUUCAACCAUGUCAUUAACAGGCAUGAAGAUGCCCUUAAGCUCGCCCAUAUGUUGGCAUAUCCUUCUGCUCCUCCUGCGCUACCUCAAAGCCAUGAACAAGUAAUGAGGAUCAUCCAACAGAGGAUAAGCAACAAGAAGUUGAACCAGUUGAUGGUGGAUUUUGAGUCAUGUGGAUCCCAGGUGGACUGAUGCAUGCAGUACUCCUACCUUAAGAUUAUGGGGAUCAUCAAAGCACAAGCUUCAUUGGAUAUUCCUCUUCUCGACCAAAUCGAAGCGAGCAUUUUCAUACAAUUGGGUUGAAUAUAUUGUUGGUUGUUUAGGUUCUUCGUUUUGAAUUUGUCGUCCGUCCCCAGUUACAUUUACAAAGUCACGUAGAAUGUCAUCUCAAUUUUGUAACUAUUAGGGAUAAUAAAUUUCAAGAUAAAUGGUACCCUUUAUGAUAUUGGUUCGAAAAGUCCA